GUGAUGACAGCCCAGAGGAGCGAUGAGAACGGAUCGAGAGGAUCUUGUAUUUUCAACAAGGAGAUUACGGUGGAUCUCCAGUUGGCUGCCCUCCUGGUGCCCAACCUCUGUCUCUCAGCUUGAAGAAGCAGAAAACAGAAUCCUAAAACCCAUCAAUGUCAAGUUUACACAAGGACAUGUUCCCAUAUCCAAUGGCAACUACAUCUGGACUCUCGGCUUCAAUGAAACAAAGAGCUCAUCCUACAUUUCAGGUCUCCCAGCCUCUGGGGUUGGAGACCUGCAGCAGGUCCCACUAGUGCUCCUGCAUGGUUUUGGUGGUGGAGUGGGUCUCUGGGUUAAAAACCUACCUGCCCUUACAAAGGGAGGAAGGCCUGUAUACGCACUAGACCUACUGGGUUUUGGCCGCAGCAGUCGACCGAUUUUUGGCAGUGAUGCCAGCGAAGCAGAGGAGCAGUUUGUACAAUCAUUGGAGGACUGGAGACAGGCAGAAGGUUUGGAACAUAUGAUUCUCCUUGGUCAUGAUCUUGGAGGUUAUGUGUCCACUGCCUAUGCCCUGAAAUACCCUCACAGAUUGAAGCACUUGGUGUUGGUGGAACCAUGGGGUUUUUCAGCAAGACCGAAUGCUCAGGAAUCAGAGCGUUGGAUUCCCAUUUGGAUUAAAGCCAUUGGUGCUGCAAUGAAUCCUUUCAACCCUCUUGGUCCCCUUAGGCUGGCAGGGCCAUUGGGUCCUUUGUUGCUACAGGCUUUGCGUUCAGAUUUUAAGCAGAAAUAUGCUUCUCUAUUUGAGGAUGACACAGUGGCUGAUUACAUAUACCAUGUGAAUGUGCAGAUGCCCAGUGGAGAGACAGCAUUUAAAAACAUGACAAUCCCAUACGGAUGGCCCCAGAACCCCAUGAUGGAGCGCGUAGGGAUGAUCAGUACCUCUCUUCCUUUGUCUUUUAUCUACGGAUCCCGUUCAAACAUUGAUGGCCAGUCAGGAAAAGCCAUCCAAGAAAUCAGAACAAACUCACAUACAGAAAUCAUUGUGAGUUUUAUUUAUAUGAUUUUGCUUUUCUUUUUUUUUUGUCCUUUAUUGAAAAUGCUCUAUAGUCACCAUUUUCUUCUCAUUUCCCCCCAGGCCAUUCAGGGUGCAGGUCAUUACGUAUUUGCGGACCAGUCAGAUGACUUUAACCAGGCUGUGCUCAAGAUAUGUAACAAUGUCAGAGACAUCAUCAAUAUGUAGAAGAUGAAAACAUUAUUAACAAGAUAGAGGAGAGGAAGAAUUAAAGGGAACUUAAUGACAGAGAGGGGUGAACUGAGAAAUAACAAAGAGAACAAGAGAAUGCUUGGAGGAGUGAGAACAUGAGCUAGAGACGUGUGAGUGAUAGAAGGAUCAUAUUAAGGUGUGAAAUAAGAGAUAGAAACAUGUAAGAAGGUAAAAAGAAAGAAAAAAAGAUGGAAACAUGUCAAAACCUGUUUUUAUACUUUUCGAUUUACACUUAAAACAAUAUCUGUACUUUAUGAACUCUGUUUUUCAUUCUAAAUCUGAAUUAAUAAAUAAAAGGAAUAUGUAGGUAUUUA